AUGCAUUAUGGUGGUCAGUUUGGUAAUACAGAAUUAAGUCCAUAUUUUAGUGGGUCUGUUGAGAUAUAUGAGGAUAUAGACAAGGGAAAUACAGAAGGUGAGAAUGAUGGAGAUAGAUCAGUAGAGGUGGGAAAUGCAGAAGGUGAGAAUGAUGGAGAUAGAUCACUAGAGGUGCUUGCAAUAGCAACUGAAGAUGGUAGUCAUUUUGAUGUGCCUGAAAUUAAAGAUGAAGAUGAUAGUGAUUUUGAUAUGCCUGAAACUGAAGAUGUAGGUGACAGUGAUUUUGAUCUGCUUGAAAAUGAAAAUGACAGUGAUGUUGAUAGAAAUGAUGAGGAGAUUGAUGAAGUAAGAAAUAAUGAAGAUGCAACUGAUGUGAAUGAGGCUUCUGAAUAUGCACCAAGUGAGGAGUUGAUGAGUUUGGUAUACUCAAGUGGUGGAGAAUAUGAGGAUGGUGCCACAAGUGGGCCAUCUUAUCCAAAUUUCAAUGUUCAUACAGACUUGGGAAAUAAAAAACUUGAAAUAGGCAUGAAGUUUGAUUCUCAAGCAGAAUUUAAAGAAGCAGUAGGGGAUAAAACUAUAAAAGGUGGUGGUAGAGAUGAAACUGUUGUUGGAAGGAGUGGGAGGAAUUCUACUACAGAAGGUAGGAGAGCUGCUAAUAGAGGUGGUGAGAGAGCUAACAAAGGUGGUGUAAGAGUUAACAGAGCUAGACAAGGAGCUAGAGGUGGUAGGGAUGACAGAGAUGCUACUAGGGGUGGUGAUAGUUUUCACAUAGGUGGUGGUGGCAGACUUGCUAGAAGUGGUGACAGAGCUGCUAGAGGUGGUGGCAGAGCUGCUAGAGGUGCUGGCAUUGGUGGCAGUGGUGGCAGAGUUGGUAAGAAACCUGUUAUACUUCAUUCAUAG